AUGACUUACCAGGAUAACAAGAAACAUGAAGAUUAUCACAAUUGUGAUUAUGGUCGUAGUGCUUACUUUUCAUUUCUCCCUGAUAUAAUCGUGCGACUUAUAACACCUUUGAUGCAGAUUCAACCAUUGAUAUAUCAAAAAUG